UGCGCUUCUCUCACUCUCGUCACUCGUUCUGUGCUGCGCUUCCGUCCCGUCUCGCCUUCAUGUCUCCUCCUAUUCCCAGCGCAGCCUGAUCCCGUGCGCUGGCAUCGUCGCGCGCUGCAAUGACUUCCAAGGCCAAGUUCUUCUCCUGGUCCAAAGGACGUCACUCUACCUCUGAGCCGUACCAUCGCACGGGCGGCCUGCUUCCAAUCGACACGAGCGUGGGCGAUGCAGGCAGAGAGACGCUUUCAGCCAUCGAGGCGAAGAGUUCCCCAAGCAGUGGACGACGACGCCCUCCCAACCUCACAAUAAUCCCCCCGGACUACAACAAAAAUCACCUCAGCUGUCUAACUCCCGCGUCUGCCCACCACAAUGCCGCCCUGGUCCACUCGGCAUCCAAUCUGCUGGCCGUUGUCAAUGACAUGCUGCGCUCGCCAGCACUAAGUGCCACAGUAUGCCCCAGAUCGUCUGCUUCCAUACAUAAGCCUCUUCCCAGUCGACCACGUUCCGUGUCUCUCCCGUCGACACCAGAUCUCCCGGCUGAGCUCCCCGGAUCCAUUCUGCUCGAGAAUCAGGGUUUCCCCUCUUCCCAACCCGUUGCGGGUUCCGCAACCCGAAGCACAAUGAGUGUCGCUGCAUAAGAAAAGCUUGAGCGAAGCCAACCUGCAAACUCAAAGGCGCUCCAAG